AUGCGCAGGAUGUGCGACUUAUUCGCCGUCUGCGACAAGCAGGUUGUCCUUAGCGACAUGCUCAAUGUGCACAAGCAGCUGUCCCUUCAGGACACUCAGGAUGACACGAUCCGCGUCUCGUGUGUCCAUGCCACGCUGGUCAUCUCGAGGAUGCUCAGUCCGGAGGAGAAUCGGCAGCACACGGUCUCCGUCAUCCAGGACGCGGCAGAGGACCGCUCGUGGCGCGUGCGGCUGGCGGUGGCGAAGAUUUUCGACCAGCUGUGCGAGGCCGCCGGGCCGGAGGUCGUGUCCGCCGACCUCGUGGCGCCGCUCGUGCAGCUCAUGAAG